AUGAAUCCCUACACAUCCUCGUCGUCGUCGUUCCCCGGCAAUCGUCUGAUCGCCUACCUCCAGACUCUGGCCAAAGCCAAAAAAGGCCUACCAUACGGCCUACCUGUCUGCGUGGCUCCUUCCCACACAAUCACAAAUUCGGAGACGUUACUUCAGCUAGCCUCUCUCGUUGGCCCGCAUAUAGCUAUCCUCCAGGUCCAUGCAGACAUCGUCGAUGACUGGUCCGAUGAGACGGUCCGCCAGUUGACCUCGUUGGCCAAGAAGCACGCGUUUCUAAUAUGGGAAAGCGGGCGGAUCCUGAACGCAACGGUGGAUGUUGUUGGCCGACAGAAAUCUGAAUCCCGGGAGGUGAGAAACGAGCUGGUGGAUCUGAUCCGGAAAAAGUACACAAAAGGCGUCAUCAAAUUGGCCUCGUGGGCUGUGAUGUGUACCGCAUGGCCCUCCGGAGUGGCGGUGAACAACCAGGAAGCCGACAUUCUAAUUCCUACUUUGAAGGCUGCAGCUCGGGAAGCUGUCGCAGACGCCGUGCAAACCAUCCGAACAGAGAUCACGGCCGAUAGCACUUCACAUGAGCGUCCUCUGAGUGGAUACGAAUCGACAGUAGAAAAUAAUGACAGCCACGCCACGCAUUUCCUGUCAUCUGGUUAUGCGGUGGAUGGGAAUGGCCUGGGACUCCCUCCGCGGAAAGCAUCCACCAUAUCUUUGACGCAGACGAUCACCCAGCACACCGAAGAUUCCACAGACUCGCCGCUAGAGCAACACCAAUACGAGUCUACAGAUGGUCUGGGAUACACGGGCUCGAAUGACGCCAUUAUGGACCACACCCUUCCACCACCGCCCCUUCUGGCACGGGGUCUGGUACUCUGUCUCCCCUCUGUGAGUGACACUUCGUUCACAGCGGACUACCGACGGAGCUGCAUCGCUGCGGCACGCGCCAACCAGGACUUUGUCGUUGGAUUCCUCUGCAGCGAGCCAUGGCACCUUGUUUCUCAGAGGGAUGAUAUCUUCGACACGGACUACUGUGGAGCUACAGCGGAACAACAGCUGAGCCCAUACUCUUCCGACGAGGAAGACGAGCUACCUCCGCUUGCAUUGUUCUCUCUCAUCUCGCAUAGGCUCGACUUAAUGCGGGGCAAGCAUCUCGCCGACUAUACCGACGAGGAGGACGGAGAUGUGGCACCAACAGAUACCAGUUUGUCAGCUAAGAUGGUAGAGUCCGAUAAUCCCUUGGCCAGGAAGCUAUUUUAUAUCGUCGAACAAGCCAUCAAGCUCCAAGAAGCUUCCCGAAAGGAAAACAACAAUCUGCAAACGGCCGCGAAAUCGACACAGGGCCACAAGAUCGUGCAUAUCCCGGUUGUGUCAUUGCCGUGA